ACAAUAGCAUGACCUUUCAACUUUUUAUUAAUGUCUUGUUGGUAAAUUUUGUCGUAUAUUAUGUAUCAUCAGAUAUUAUUGUUGGUAUGCUUAUUUCUUUUACAUCUAAUGACGUUAAUGCAAAAACAUACGCGGGAGCAGUUAGUCGCGUUGUUGAUGAUAUAAACAAUAACGAUGAAAUACUCAAUGGCACAAAAUUAAUUUAUUAUAUAGCCGACCCUUCUUGUAAUGAUCGUGAUGGUCUAGGGGCAAGUGUAACCCUAUUUAAAAACUAUAGUAUAGAUGUGUUUAUAGGACCACCGUGCAGCGAGUCUUGCUUAUCAAGUGGACUUUUAUCUAGUUAUGAAAAAAUACCUAUGAUUUCUUUCGGAUGUUCCUCUAAUCUCCUUUCCAACAAAACCAACUACCCUUACUUUGCAAGGACAAAACCAUUUGCCAGAACUAGCUCAGUAUACACGCCAAAAACUUUCUUACAAAUUUUAAAAUAUUUUUCAUGGAAACACGUUUGUUUAAUACAAUCUGAUAAUGAUAUUUACUCUCCAAUGGCGCAAAGAAUUUACGAAGAACUUACUUACAAAGGCAACAUAUCAGUAGAGUUAAAAAGUUACUACCCAAACUAUGUUGAUUAUUUGAGCAAGAAAAAUAUUUUGAUUGGAUUGCAAAAUAAAUGCAGAAUAUUUAUCUUUAUAACAAGUCGCCGCGAUGUGAUAGAUUUUUCUGUUCAUGCCUGGAAACUAGGUUGGAUGAAAAACAAUGAAUAUGCAUUUUUACAUUUGGACUUUGAUUUUGAAUUUGCGAGUUGGACUGUUGAUCGAAUAGCUCAAUGGGGUUUAUCUAAAGACUUUGUUUUGAGUUCUGUUCUCGAAGGUUUAAUAACUGUAUCAAACAAUAGACCUAAUGAAUCUGACUCUAAGUAUAUCCAGUUUCUUAAUGAUGUAGCCAAAAGACUUCAAACUGAUUUUGAUAUAAGUACUUCUGCCAAAAGUGUUACAUCGACUGCUGGAUAUUUAUAUGACGCUACAAUGUUAUAUGCAAGAGCUGUGGAUGCAAUGUUUAAAAGAAAUAGCACAGCUUCGAUAAAAGACGCUCAACAAAUUUUUGAAUUUAUUAAGAAUACCAGCUUUGAAGGAAUAACAGGACUUGUUGAUGUUGAUGAGUUUGGUGAUAGAAUACCAGUGUUUUUGAUAGAUAAUGUACAUAAUGGAACAAUCAUCAAUUUAGCUUCAUAUGAUCCUUUGAUAAAAUCUUCAAUUUCAUUUAACAAAUUAGUAUAUUUUCUUGGUGGAUAUACUACUGCUCCUGUAGACAUUCCUAAAUGUGGGUUUGAUAACAAAGGUUGCUCAGUGAUGUUCAAGCUUGCUCUUGUUGUUGGUUGUGGAUUUGGAGUGCUAGCAUUUUUAAUAAUAGUUUCAAUAUUAUAUUUAUACAGAAAGAAAAAAUAUGAAAUGAAAAUUCUUAUGAAAGGAUUGGUUAUAAACUGGAAUGAAUUAUCAUUUGUUGAUAUGGACAGUAUAAAAGCAUCAGUUCGCAGUAGAAUGUCUUUUAAGAGACGCAAGCAUGAUCAACAGAAAUCAACUAAUAUUCGGCAAUUUGGUCAAUCAAGAAGUGUUUACUUACAAACUACUCAGUUGUUUGUCAAGACAAUAAAAAACUGUAAGCUUGACCUCAACAAAGAAAUGUUGAUUGAUUUGAAACAUAUGAAAGAUUUAAAUGAAAUAAAUGUCAAUUCAUUUAUUGGAGUUUCUAUCCGUGGUCAAGAUUAUCAUUUACUGUGGUCAUAUUGCUCAUAUAAUUUAACGGACGUCUUGCAUAAUAAUGAAAUUACUUGUGACUGGAUGUUUCGACUUUCGUUUGCUAAAGAUAUAGCUCAGGGUCUCCACGUAAUUCAUAAAAGUUUGGUAGGUGUACAUGGUCAUUUGCGAUCUUCUAAUUGUUUGGUAGAUAGUAGAUGGGUUUGCAAAGUAUCUAAUUUUGGUUUGAGAAAAUUUCAAAACUUCUUAAAAGACAACGAAUUUUCUGUAGAACAUCUAAAGAAUUUUUAUGAUCCACCGGAAAUGGUUCAAAAUUCUGUGUAUUAUGCCUCCUCUGAUAUUUAUAGUUAUGGAAUGAUCUUAUAUGAAAUAUAUACAAGAGGUGAUCUUUAUGAACUGGAAUUAGAGUCUGGAUUUUCUCCUCGAGAUAUAAUUGAGAAGAUAAAAAAAAACUCAUCGUCCAUGUUACUCCCAAAAAUACCUGAUGUUGAUUCUCCACACAACUAUAUCAAUCUGAUGAAAGAGUGCUGGAAGAAGGUUCCAUCACAGAGACCUACAACUAAGACUAUUCUUAAAACUAUUGUUAAAAUGGAAAAAAAGAGUGGCAUAAAAGGAAGUUUAGUGGACCACAUGUUGACUAAAAUGGAAAAGUACACUGACAACUUGGAAACCAUAGUCGCUGAAAGAACACAUGAGUUAGAGCAAGAAAAAAUUAAAACAGAAAAUCUUCUUUACAAAAUGCUUCCAAGAACAGUUGCAAACAAGUUAAAAGAAGGUCAUCCUGUUGUUGCUGAAAGUUUUAGUUCAGUUACAAUCUUUUUUUCUGACAUAGUUGGCUUCACAAGCUUAUGCUCAGAAAGCAGUCCUCUUGAAGUUGUUGAGAUGUUGAAUGAUCUAUAUGUUUGCUUUGACAAUUGUAUUGAUAUGUAUGAUGUGUACAAGGUUGAAACAAUUGGUGAUGCGUACAUGGUUGUGAGUGGUAUACCUAACCGCAAUGGAGACAAACACGUUGAAGAAAUUGCUACAAUGUCUUUAGAUCUGUUACGCUGUGUCAAAAGUUUUAAAAUUCGUCAUCGCCCUGACACUCAGAUGCAGUUAAGAAUUGGCAUGCAUACAGGUUCUUGUGUUGCUGGUGUUGUUGGAUUGAAAAUGCCUCGAUAUUGCUUAUUUGGAGAUACUGUCAACUAUGCAUCCCGCAUGGAGUCCACUGGACUUGCAAUGCGUAUACACGUCAGUCCUGAGUCUUAUAAGUUACUAUUUCAGAUUGGUAACUAUCAGCUUCUUAAAAGAGGUCCUGUAGAAAUGAAAGGAAAAGGAAUAAUUGAGACAUAUUUUCUUAUGGGUAAAGAUGGUUUUGACAGCGAAAUGCCAAACAGUGUUCCUAAUUCUGAUUCAUAGAUUGUCUUAAAUGAUAAUGACUUAAAAGACAAAAAGAUCACAGACGGUAAUUUCUUUGGAAAGUACAAAUCGUUAAGACACUUGAGGUUUUCUCAAAACAAA